AUGAGUCUAGCACUUAAUGAUCUACUUAUCUGUUGCCGCCAACUAGAACAUGAUAGAGCUACAGAACGAAGGAAAGAAGUUGAGAAAUUUAAGCGCCUGAUUCGGGAUCCUGAAACAGUUCAGCAUUUAGAUCGGCAUUCAGAUUCCAAGCAAGGAAAAUAUUUGAACUGGGAUGCUGUUUUUAGAUUCCUACAGAGAUAUAUUCAGAAAGAAACAGAAUGUGUGAGAACAGCAAAACCAAGUGUAUCGGCUUCAACACAGUCCUCCAGGCAGAAAAAGAUGCAAGAAAUCAGUAGCUUGGUCAAAUACUUCAUCAAAUGUGCAAAUAAAAGAUCACCCAGGCUAAAAUGUCAAGAACUCUUGAAUUAUAUCAUGGAUACAGUGAAAGAUUCAUCUAAUGGCACCAUAUAUGGAGCUGAUUGUAGCAACAUACUGCUCAAAGACAUUCUUUCAGUGAGAAAAUACUGGUGUGAAAUAUCUCAGCAGCAGUGGCUAGAAUUGUUAACUGUGUACUUCAGACUGUAUCUCAAACCUUCUCAAGACAUUAAUAGAGUUUUAGUGGCCAGAAUAAUCUAUGCUGUGACCAAAGGAUGUUGUUCACAAACUGAUGGAUUGAAUUCCAAAUUUUUGGAUUUUUUCCCCAAAGCCAUUCAGUGUGCAAGGCAAGAAAAGAGCACUGCAGGUCUCAGUCAUAUCUUAGCAGCACUUACUAUCUUCCUCAAGAUUUUGGCUGUCAACUUUCGAAUUCGAGUAUGUGAAUUAGGAGAUGAAAUUCUUCCUACCUUGCUUUAUAUUUGGACUCAACAUAGACUUAAUGAUACCUUAAAAGAAGUUAUUAUUGAGUUACUUCAACUGCAAAUUUAUAUCCAUCAUCCAAAGGGAGCAAAGACCCAAGAAAAAGGUGCCUAUGAAUCAAAAAAAUGGCAGAGUACCUUAUAUAAUUUAUAUGAUCUGCUAGUAAAUGAGAUCAGUCAUAUAGGAAGUAGAGGAAAGUUUUCUUCAGGAUCUCGUCAUAUUGCUGUGAAGGAAAACUUGAUUGAGUUGAUGGCAGAUAUUUGUCACCAGGUUUUUAAUGAAAAUACCAGAUCUUUGGAGAUUUCUCAGUCUUAUACUACCACACAAAGAGACUCCAGUGAUUUGAGUGUGCCUUGCAAGAAGAGGAGAAUAGAAUUAGGUUGGGAAGUAAUUAAAGAUCAUCUUCAGAAAUCACAGAAUGAUUUUGAUCUUGUGCCUUGGUUACAGAUUACAGCUCAAUUAAUAUCAAAGUAUCCUACAAGUUUACCUAACUAUGAGCUAUCACCAUUGCUCUUAAUAUUAUCCCAGCUUCUACCUCAGCAGCGACGGGGGGAACGCACACCAUAUGUGUUACGAUGCCUUAUGGAAGUUGCACUGUGUCAAGGCAAGAAUUCAGACUUAGAAAGCUCACAGAAGUCAGAUCUGUUGAAACUCUGGAUUAAAAUUUGGUCUAUUACUUUUCGUGGUAUAAGUUCUGAGCAAUUGCAAGCUGAAAACUUUGGCUUACUUGGAGCCAUAAUUCAAGGCAGUUUAGUUGAGGUUGAUAGAGAAUUCUGGAAGUUAUUUACUGGAUCAGCUUGCAAACCCUCAUGUCCUGCAGUGUGCUGUUUGACAGUGGCAAUGACCUUAUGUGUAAUUCCAGAAACAACAGAAACAGGAGUAGAGCAAAAUAUUUGUGAAGUGAAUAGAAGUUUUUCAUUAAGAGAAUUGAUAAUGAAAUGGCUCUUAUUCUAUCAGUUAGAGAAUGACUUAGAAGACAAUACAGAGCUGUCUCCAAUUCUUCACAGUAAGCUUCCUCAUCUUUCACUGGAGAAAAUUCUUGUGAGUCUAACUAUGAAAAACUGUAAAGCUGCAAUGAACUUUUUCCAAAGUGUGCUAGAAUGUGAGCAACAUCAAAAAGGUAAAGAAGAGUCUUCAUUCUCAGAAAUAGAGGAACUAUUUCUUCAGACAACUUUUGAUAAGAUGGAUUUUUUAAACAAUGUGAAAGAAAGUGCUGUAGAAAAAUACCAAUCCAAUGUUGGAUUUUCGGUCCACCAAAAUCUCAAGGAAUCAUUGGAUCGCUAUCUACUGGCAUUAUCAGAACAGCUUCUAAAUAAUUACUCAUCUGAGACUACAAAUUCAGAAGUGCUUGUCAGAAGUGCAAGUCUUUUGGUCGGUGUUCUUGGCUGCUAUUGCUACGUGGGUAUAAUGGCUGAAGAAGAAGCUUAUAAAUCAGAAUUAUUUCAGAAAGCCAAGUCCUUAAUGCAAUGUGCAGGAGAAAGUAUCACUCUGUUUAAAAAUAAGAUAAAUGAGGAAUCUAGAAUUGGUUCAUUGAGAAAUAUGAUGCUUCUGUGUACAAGUUCUUUAUGCAACUGUACCAAGCACAGUCCAAAUAAGAUUGCAUCUGGCUUUUUUCUGAGAUUGCUGACAUCAAAGCUAAUGAAUGACAUCGCAGAUAUUUGUAAAAGUUUAGCAUUCUUUAUCAAAAAACCAUUUGAUUAUGGAGAAGUAGAGUCAGUGGAAGAUGACACUGAUGAAAAUCUAAUGGAAGUGGAGAAUCAGUCACCCCAGAAUCUAUUUGAUGAUCACCCUGCUUAUAGUGUCAUUGAUGCAAAUGAAUCUGGAGAGAGCCAGAGUACUACUGGUGCCAUGAACCCUUUAGCAGAAGAAUAUCUGUCAAAGCAAGAUCUACUUUUCUUAGACAUGCUCAAGUUCUUGUGUAUGUGUGUAACUACUGCCCAGACUAAUACAGUGUCAUUUAAAGCAGCUGAUAUUCGGAGAAAAUUGUUAAUGUUACUUGAUUCUAGCAUGCUAGAUGUUACAAAAUCCCUUCACUUACACAUGUAUCUAGUGCUUUUAAAGGAGCUUCCAGGAGAAGACUGUCCCUUGCCAAUCGAGGAUGUUGUUGAGCUCCUGAAGCCUCUAGCCAAUAUAUGUUCUUUGUAUCGCCGUGACCAAGAUGUUUGUAAAGCAAUUUUAAACCAUGCCCUUCAUGUAGUAACCAACCUAAGUCAAGGCAGUAUGGACAAUGAGAACACAAGAGAUGCCCAAGGGCAGUUUCUAACAGUGAUUGGAGCCUUUUGGCACUUAACAAAGGAGGGGAAAUGCACAUUUUCUGUAAGAAUGGCACUAGUAAAAUGCCUUAAGACUCUGCUGGAGGCUGAUCCUUAUUCAAAAUGGGCUAUUCUCAAUGUAAUGGGAAAAGACUUUCCUGUAAAUGAAGUAUUUUCACAAUUUCUUGCUGAUAGUCAUCAUCAAGUCCGAAUGCUGGCUGCAGAGUCAAUCAAUAGAUUAUUCCAGGAUAUGAAGCAAGGAGAUUCUUCCAGGUUAAUGAAAGCACUUCCUUUGAAGAUGCAGCAGACAGCUUUUGAAAAUGCAUACUUGAAAACUCAGGAAGGAAUGAAAGAAGUGUCCCACAGUAUUGAGAACCUGGAAUUUUCAGAUGAGCUUUAUAAUAGAAAAGCUGUUUUACUGAUGAUGAUAGCUGUGGUUUUGCAAUGUAGCCCUGUCUGUGAAAAACAGGCUUUGUUUGCCCUGUGCAAAUCUGUGAAAGAGAAUGGAUUAGAACCUCAUCUCAUUAAAAAGGUUUUAGAAAAAAUAUCUGAAAUUUUUGGAUAUAGACACCUGGAAGAUUUCAUGACUUCUCAUUUAGAUUAUCUAGUUUUGGAGUGGCUAAACCAUCAAGAUACUGAAUACAGCUUAUCUUCUUUUCCUUUUAUUUUAUUAAACUACACAAGCGUUGAAGAUUUCUAUAGAUCUUGUUAUAAGGUUUUAAUCCCACAUCUGGUGAUUAGAAGUCAUUUUGAUGAGGUGAAAUCCAUUGCUAAUCAGAUUCAAGAAGAUUGGAAAAGUCUUCUAACAGACUGCUUUCCAAAGAUUCUUGUCAAUAUUCUUCCUUAUUUUGCCUAUGAGAGUACAGAGGACAGUGGGAUGUCACAGCAAAGAGAGACUGCUGCCAAAGUCUAUGAUCUGCUCAAAGAUGAAAGCUUGUUAGGAAAACAGAUUGAUCAUUUAUUCAUUAGUAAUUUACCAGAGAUUGUGGUGGAAUUAUUGAUGACAUUACAUGAACCAGCAAAUUCUGGUGCCAGCCAAAACACUGACCUCUGUGAUUUUUCAGGGGAUUUGGAUCCUGCUCCUAAUCCACCUUAUUUUCCAUCGCAUGUGAUUAAAGCAACAUUUGCUUAUAUCAGCAACUGCCAUAAAACCAAGUUUAAAAACAUUUUAGAAAUCCUUUCUAAAAGUCCCGAUUCCUAUCAGAAGAUUCUUCUAGCCAUAUGUGAACAAGCAGCUGAGACAAAUAAUGUAUAUAAAAAGAAUAGAAUUCUUAAAAUAUAUCACCUGUUUGUCAGUUUAUUACUGAAGGAUAUAAAAAGUGGCUUAGGAGGUGCUUGGGCCUUUGUUCUUCGAGAUGUUAUUUAUACCUUGAUUCACUAUAUCAACAAAAGGCCUUCUCGUUUUAUGGAUGUGUCAUUACGUAGCUUCUCCCUUUGUUGUGACUUGUUAAGUCGGGUUUGCCAGACAGCAGUGACUUACUGUAAGGAUGCUUUAGAAAGCCAUCUCCACGUUAUUGUUGGCACACUUAUACCCCUUGUGAAUGAACAGUUGGAAGUUCAGAACCAGGUAUUGGACUUGUUGAAAUACCUAGUAAUAGACAACAAGGAUAAUGAAAACCUCUAUGUCACAAUUAAACUCUUAGAUCCUUUUCCUGACCAUGUUGUUUUUAAGGAUUUACGUAUUACUCAGCAGAAAAUCAAAUACAGUAGAGGACCUUUUUCAUUAUUGGAGGAAAUUAACCAUUUUCUCUCCAUAAGUGUUUAUGAUGCCCUUCCAUUGACAAGACUUGAAGGAUUGAAGGAUCUUCGAAGACAAUUGGAGCAACAUAAAGAUCAAAUGAAGGAUCUUAUUAGAGCUUCUCAGGAAAACCCACAAGAUGGAAUUAUGGUGAAGCUAGUUAUCAGCUUGUUGCAGCUAUCCAAAAUGGCAGUAAACCAUACUGGUGAAAGAGAAGUUUUAGAGGCUGUUGGAUCCUGCUUGGGAGAAUUGGGUCCUAUGGAUUUCUCUACCAUUGCUAUACAACAUAGUAAGGAUGCAUCUUAUAAUAAGGCCCUUGAAUUAUUUGAAGAUAAAGAACUUCAGUGGAUUUUCAUAAUGCUGACCCAUCUGAAUAAUUCACUGGUAGAAGAUUGUGUCAAAGUUCGAUCAGCUGCUGUUACCUGUUUGAAAAGCAUUUUAGCCACAAAGACUGGUCAUAGUUUCUGGGAGAUUUAUAAAAUGACAACUGAUCCCAUGCUCACUUACCUGCAGCCUUUUAGAACAUCGAGAAAAAAGUUUUUAGAAGUACCUAGACAUGACAAAGAAAAUCCUUUAGAAGACCUGGAUGAGACAAGUUUGUGGAUUCCUCAAAGUGAAAAUCAUGAUGUUUGGAUAAAAACUCUGACAUGUGCUUUUUUGGAUAGUGGAGGCAUAAAAAGUGAAGUUCUUCAGCUAUUAAAGCCAAUGUGUGAGGUGAAAACUGACUUUUGUCAGACUGUGCUUCCAUACUUGAUUCAUGAUAUUUUGCUGCAAGAUUCAAAUGAAACUUGGAGAAAUCUGCUUUCUGCACAUAUUCAGGGAUUUUUCACCAACUCCUUCAGACAUUCCUCACAAACCAGCCGAUCCACAACCCCUGCAAAUUUGGAUUCAGAGUCAGAAAACUUUUUCCGAGGCUGUCAGGAUAAAAAAUCACAAAGAACAAUGCUUUCUGUUGUGGACUACAUGAGAAGACAAAAGAGACCUUUCUCAGGAACAGUUUUUGAUGAUGCUUUCUGGCUGGAUUUGAAUUAUCUAGAAGUUGCCAAGGUAGCUCAGUCAUGUGCUGCUCACUUUACAGCAUUACUCUAUGCUGAAAUCUAUGCAGAUCAGAAAAACAUGGGUGAUCAAGAGAAAAGGAGUCUUACAUUUGAAGAAGGAAGCCAGAGUACAACUAUUUCUAGUUUGAGUGAAAAAAGUAAAGAAGAAACUGGAAUAAGUUUACAGAAUCUUCUCUUAGAAAUCUACAGAAGUAUAGGAGAGCCGGAUAGCCUGUAUGGCUGUGGUGGAGGGAAAAUGUUACAACCCCUUACUAGAAUACGAACAUAUGAGCAUGAAGCAAUGUGGGGGAAAGCCCUAGUAACAUAUGAUCUUGAGACAGCUAUCACCUCAUCAACUCGCCAGGCUGGAAUUAUUCAGGCGCUGCAGAAUUUGGGACUCUGCCAUAUUCUUUCCACCUAUUUAAAAGGACUAGAUCAUGAAAAUAAAGAGUGGUGUGCUGAACUACAGGAGCUUCACUACCAAGCAGCAUGGAGGACUAUGCAGUGGGACCACUGCAGUUCUGUCAACAAAGAAAUAGAAGAAACCAGUUACCACGAAUCUUUGUACAGUGCUCUGCAGUCUCUAAGAGAUAGAGAGUUUUCCACAUUUUAUGAAAGUCUCAAAUAUGCCAGGGUGAAAGAAGUAGAAGAAUUGUGUAAGGGUAGCCUUGAAUCUGUGUAUUCACUCUACCCCACCCUUAGCAGAUUACAGGCCAUUGGAGAGCUGGAAAACAUUGGGGAGCUUUUCUCAAGAUCAGUCACGGAUAGGCAACUCUCUGAAGUAUAUUAUAAGUGGCAGAAACACUCGCAGCUUCUCAAGGACAGUGACUUUAGUUUUCAGGAGCCUGUCAUGGCUCUACGCACUGUCAUUUUGGAGAUCCUGAUGGAAAAGGAAAUGGAAAACUCGCAAAGAGAAUGUUUUAAAGAUAUUCUAACCAAGCACCUUGUAGAACUCUCUAUACUGGCCCGAACUUUCAAGAACACUCAGCUCCCUGAAAGGGCAAUAUUUCAAAUUAAACAGUAUAAUUCAACUAGUUGUGGAGUGUCUGAGUGGCAGCUGGAGGAAGCGCAAGUGUUCUGGGCAAAAAAGGAGCAGAGUCUCGCACUGAGUGUUCUCAAGCAAAUGAUCAAGAGAUUGGAUGCCAGUUGUACAGAGUAUGAACCUACCCAAAAACUGUUAUAUGCAGAAUGUUUGAGGGUUUGUGGGAACUGGCUAGCAGAAACUUGCUUAGAAAAUCCUGCAGUCAUCAUGCAGACCUAUCUGGAAAAGGCAGUGGAAGUUGUUGGAAAUUAUGAUGGAGGAAGCAGUGAUGAGCUUAGAAAUGGAAAAACGAAGGCAUUUCUCUCAUUAGCACGGUUCUCAGAUACUCAGUACCAGAGAAUUGAAAACUACAUGAAAUCAUCAGAAUUUGAAAACAAGCAAGCUCUUCUGAAAAGAGCCAAAGAGGAAGUGGGCCUCCUUAGGGAACAUAAAAUCCAGACUAACAGAUACACAGUAAAGGUUCAGCGAGAGCUGGAGCUGGAUGAAUGUGCACUCCGCGCACUGAGAGAGGAUCGUAAACGUUUCUUAUGUAAAGCAGUAGAAAAUUACAUUAACUGCUUAUUAAGUGGAGAAGAGCAUGAUACGUGGGUAUUCCGACUUUGUUCCCUCUGGCUUGAAAAUGCUGGAGUUUCUGAAGUCAAUGGCAUGAUGAAGGCAAUUGGAAUGAAGAUUCCAUCAUACAAAUUUUUGCCUCUUAUGUACCAAUUGGCUGCUAGAAUGGGAACUAAGAUGAUGGGAGGCCUAGGAUUUCAUGAAGUCCUCAAUAAUCUCAUCUCUAGAAUUUCAAUGGAUCACCCUCAUCAUACUUUGUUUAUUAUACUGGCUUUAGCCAAUGCAAAUAAAGAUGAAUUCCUGACCAAACCAGAGGCAGCAAGAAGGAGUAGAAUAACAAAAAAUGCACCCAAACAAAGCUCGCAACUUGAUGAGGAUAGAACUGAAGCUGCAAACAAAAUAAUACAUACUAUCAAAAGUAGGAGACCUCAGAUGGUCAGAAAUGUCGAGGCACUUUGUGAUGCUUAUAUUCUCUUAGCAAACUUAGAUGCCACUCAGUGGAAGACUCAGAGAAAAGGCAUAAAUAUUCCAACAGACCAGCCAAUUAUUAAACUUAAGGAUUUAGAAGAUGUUGUUGUCCCCACUAUGGAAAUUAAGGUGGACCCCACAGGAAGGUAUGGAAAUCUGGUGACUAUACAGUCAUUCAAAGCAAAAUUUCGUUUAGCAGGAGGUUUAAAUUUACCAAAAAUAAUAGAUUGUGUCGGCUCCGAUGGCAAGGAAAGGAGACAGCUGGUUAAGGGCCGUGAUGACCUGAGACAGGAUGCUGUCAUGCAGCAGGUUUUCCAAAUGUGUAAUACAUUGCUGCAGAGAAACACUGAAACCAGAAAGAGGAAAUUAACGAUCUGCACAUAUAAGGUUGUUCCCCUGUCUCAGCGAAGUGGUGUUCUUGAGUGGUGCACAGGAACUGUCCCCAUUGGCGAAUUUCUAGUUAACAACGAAGAUGGUGCUCAUAAAAGAUACAGGCCAAACGAUUACAGUGCCUGUCAGUGCCAAAGGAAAAUGAUGGAUGUGCAAAAGAAAUCUUUUGAAGAGAAGUAUAAAACCUUCAUGGAUAUUUGCCAAAAAUUUCAGCCAGUUUUCCGUUACUUCUGCAUGGAAAAAUUCUUGGACCCAGCUGUUUGGUUUGAGAAACGACUGGCCUACACCCGCAGUGUGGCUACUUCCUCCAUUGUUGGUUAUAUACUUGGACUUGGUGAUAGACAUGUGCAAAAUAUCUUGAUAAAUGAACAGUCAGCAAAACUUGUACAUAUAGAUUUAGGGGUUGCUUUUGAGCAGGGUAAAAUUCUCCCUACUCCGGAAACAGUUCCUUUUAGACUCACCAGGGAUAUUGUGGAUGGGAUGGGCAUCACUGGUGUUGAAGGUGUCUUCAGAAGAUGCUGUGAGAAAACUAUGGAGGUCAUGAGAAACUCUCAGGAAACCCUUUUAACCAUUGUAGAGGUCCUCCUAUAUGAUCCUCUCUUUGACUGGACCAUGAAUCCUUUGAAAGCUUUGUAUUUACAGCAGAGACCAGAAGAUGAAACUGAACUCAACUCCUCUCUGAAUACAGAUGACCAAGAAUGCAAACGAAAUCUCAGUGAUAUUGACCAGAGUUUCAACAAAGUAGCAGAACGUGUCUUGAUGAGACUGCAAGAGAAGCUGAAAGGAGUGGAGGAAGGAACUGUGCUCAGUGUGGGUGGACAGGUGAAUUUGCUCAUACAGCAGGCCAUGGAUCCCAAAAAUCUCAGCCGACUUUUCCCAGGAUGGAAAGCCUGGGUAUGA